UGGCUUCGGCAGCUGUGAACCGCGCCGCUCAGCCUGGGAUGUCCUGUGCGCUAGAUAGACGAGCCUGGCAGAGUCGGCCAGCACUUUGCUCUCACUCACCAUCCAAUCGAGCCGGCCCCAGAUCUCCCUUGACGCAGACGAUGGCCUCACCCACGGCGAUUCCCCAUCCAGAGACAUCUUCCCACCACUGCGCCUCGAGCACUCCCUCUGAAGUAAGCGGAGGUCCCGCCACACUCUCCUCCUCUUCGUCGUCUUUUUCUUCUUCUUCCUACUCUCGCUCCCCCACCAACACCUCGCCCCAGCCGCUGGUAUCGCCGAUCUACACGAGCGCAGGCCGGUCGGCAUUCAGUCUCCCAGGGCCCAACUCGGCUGCAAAGAGCCCGACGACGACGUCGUGGUACAGCGCUGGAUUCAGCUCCAACAGCCAGCGGAUCCGCAGCCCCUCGGCGGCCUUUACCAGCGCCUCGUCCUUUCCCGCCUCGAGCCCCACCCAAGGUGGCCAUCCACACUCGCACCUCUCGAGGAGCGUGAGCAUGAGCAGCAGCGGCGGAGGCGAGCCCGCCAUCGGUGGCGCCACGAUGGAUGGCGAGUCUGGCCGGGCCGGAUCGAGGUCCUCGUCAAUCUCCUCGUCGAGCUUCACCAACGAGCCGACGACGCCGCGCGCCGAGAGCUUCUCGGGUGGCGGCAGUGUGGGCAUGAGGGGCGGCCACCAGAGCAGCCUGCCGCUGUCGAGCUACGACCAGAUCAAGGCGCACCGCGCCAGCUGGGGCAACCAGCACCACGGCACCCAGGCCUGGAACACGUGGGCGUCGGCCAAUAGUGGCAGGCGCAAGCUGUCCUCUGCCUUUACCGACGGCGAGCUGGCCUCUGCCGGUGGUGGCAGCGCAGUCAUGGACGAGGGAGGAGGAGGAGGAGUGGUCGGUGGCGGUGGUGUGGGACGCCUGUUCAGAAAGUGGAGCGUGGGCAGCAGCAGCGCUGGACCGAUGACGCCUCCCUCCUCGCAGGCCGAGAUGCCCGCCUAUGCGACGCACUCGAGGAGCCAGUCGAUGGCCAUCCCCACCUCUGCCCCUGCCACUGGAUCGCCCGGCCUUGUCGAGGCUGAAGUCGCAGCAGCACCCCGCGGACGAGGCGCCUCGCUGUCCAACGGCUCCCAGCUUCCCCCCAAGCGCAGGCCGAGCCCCAUGGGCGAGCGGCUCCUCAUGGGCCACUUCAAUGCCCACUGAUUGAUCGACCGAUCGAUCGAUCAAACGACGAUCUGACCGCAUAAUAUCCUCGUGUGUAACAAUACGGAUAAGGCACAGCAAGGACCAGUCCACGACUCAUGAGGCCCGGCGAGGCUCCUCACGAAUGGCGAUGAUGAUGAUUACUACUUUUCAAGCGUAUCGGACCGGCUCAGUUGUUCUCCCCCUUCUUUCUCUGUUUCCCUCCCUCUCUUCGUCCCGAAAUGUAUGAUUAUUAUUCUCUGUCUGCGUAUCUACAAUGCCAUGGUCUCCAGCUACAUGA